CGUAUCAGGAUGUCCGCCGGUGUAUUAUGCGGCAAAUGGGUUCUUUUCUUCACGUUGUUUUUGUUAUGUGACGUCUCUUCCCUGGAAGAGCAACGUUACAUUGACAGUCACGUGACGUGUGCAGACGACUUCAUCGAACUUGAAAUAAAAUUUAAGUCGCAUCUCUGGCAAAGCCUUUCUUCUAGACUGGAAAUGCACUUGGCGGAGAAAUACUGCAAGCCAUUCUUUGCAAACAACUCACAUGUGUUCAUACGAACAUCGCAUUAUGAAUGCGGUACAAAGUUCAAGGUCACGCAAAAUCACGUGAUUUUCACCAACACCUUCAUUGCCCGAGAAGAGACUGGACCUAAACAGCUUGUGUCUCCCAUCCCAGACUUGGACGUUGGUUUUCGAUGUACUUACAACAGGAACAAAAUUCUCCAUGUUUCAGCCUCCCUACAACUGGACAAACUCCGCUCGAGUCCCAAAGAAGUCAGGACUUAUUAUGGAUUACCAGUGGAGUUAAGAUGUACUUUCAAAUAUGGCGCCUAUCCCGUGCAAGCUGUGAUAUCUCACAAAGGGAAAAUUGUAGCCAGACAGCAAAAUAGUACCCAGGCUAUCACGCUCACAGCUGGGCAAAAGAACGACGAUUUUGGUGUAUAUACUUGUCAGGCAGAGGACGCAAAUCACAAGAAAAUCACGUACGAAAUCCAAUUGAAGAAAAUUGAUAUAUCAACUAUUUUAAUGGCUGGAAAACAGAUCACUUGCACGCACGAUGACAUGCAACUGACUCUUGACCGUUUGACGUAUCCAUGGUUACACCCCAAGUACUUUGAUAUGCAUCUGCUCGACAGCAACUGUCGACCAUAUCACGUGAACUUCACACAUAUCAUGGUGAAAACAAAAUACGUUAACUGCAAAACAGUCAAAAGGAAUUCGCCAAGUGGUGUCACCUAUCGAAACACGUUGAUUGCAUUGUUAAGGCCCCAGCCAGGGACAAUAAUAACGAGGGUCCCGGAUGUUCUAUUCCCUUUUCAGUGUCAGCCUCAUCAUGGAAAAUUAUCAUCGAUUUCAACAAAAGAUAUUCCAAAAGAACCGCUGACCGUAGACAAGUCCAAGAGUAGCCCACCAGUGGUUAAAACGUACAAAGGAUUUGACGUCAGACUGGUUUGUACGUUUAAGGGUGGGAACCCUCCGGUCAACAUCAAACUGACCAGGAGAGGGAAAAGAGUUAUACGCGGGGUGGUGGUGAGGGGAACAGUUUUGUACGCUACCAUCAAGACCACUCACACCAAAGUUUUUAGUUCCUACGAAUGUAUAGCAACAGAUUCGAAGGCAAGGAAAAUAAAGCAUAAAAUUCAUUUGAGGAAAGCAGGGCCCCGUGAUAUGAAAUCGGACGGUCUAACAGUCAAGUGUAGGACAAAUACCAUUGACAUCUCUCUAAGCAGACUCGUGUAUCCAUGGCUACAGCCAGAAAAAUUUCACAUUAGUCUUGUCCAAUUAAAUUGCAACACGUACAACGCGACGGACAUGAUAAUUAGAAUCCAGGCUCCGCUCUUUAGUUGCGGCACAAGGACAGUGAGGAGGAAUAAGUUUGUGUUGGAGUCUCGUAACGUAGUUAUUGCCCGAGUGCGGAGACCAAAAGGAUUCAGAGUCACAUAUUUACCGGAUGUGUACUUUCCGUUCCUCUGUCGUCAUGAAAUAACCCGUUCAGCUGGAAAGCCAGUGUUUAAACCUCUUGAGCCGCUCUCUACUGACUUAUUACUGUCCAGUGCACACACAAUAUUUGCCCCACUCGGCAUUCCAAUCAAGUUAAAAUGUUUUUUUCACGGAGGUGAGCCCCCGAUACAGGUCAGCAUCAGCAGGCGCAACGUGGUGAUAGCGCGUGCGCAAGGGAGGGUGUUGAGCUACGUGUUAAAGCCUCAGUUUCAAGAUAGUGGGCGUUACUUGUGCCAAGCAACUGAUGCCCGGAAACAGACCGAGAGGCAUGUGAUAAAAAUGAAAAUUCCAGCACGUCGUGGUGUUAUCUUUGAUGAAGAAGCAGCUGUGACUAAAUGUGACUCCCAAUUUACAACCGUCACUCUGCAUCGCUCCAGGUUCCCCUGGCUUGACAUAGCACGCAUGCAUAUUCAUCUCAAUGACCCGCUCUGCAAACCAUCCCAUGUUGACAACGAGCAUGUCCGUUUUAAGAUACCCGUGGGAAGCUGUGGAAGCAGGCACAUAAGAUCUCCAACUGAAGUAACAUUUACCAAUCGAGUGUUGAUUCUCGAGGAAAGUCGUGGAAGCUACAAGGAGAAGGAAGUGAAGACCUUGAUGAAAGUUUAUUUUCUGUGCAGAUACAGGCGCAUUAAUUCGAGGAAUGAAAGCGUCAGCGAGAGGCGCCUUUUAAAGUAAAAGAAACCAAAUUCAAUACGUACUACCUUUCGAUAAAAAGAAAACGUUGAAAAAAUCAUCGCUUUUUGUACAAAUGUAUCAUAAAUUGAGACUAUUAAACUUUUUUUAAAAAUGUAGACUAUAUCCACAAUUAGUGUAUACUAAAAUAGAAAAUGACGUUGAAGGCGCCUUUUGAUU